AUGAAGGAAGAAAAACAUGGGUUCAUCGAAGGUUAUAUCCCUAUCAGUUAUCUUUCCACAUUUCUUCAAACUGAUACUCCGGUAUCUGAAACUACGGAAUCGAAAUUGGAUGAGUCAGCAUGCAGAAGAUCAUGCUUGGAUGACUGCAGUUGUGAUGCGUAUACUUUUAUCUUGAACAUAUGUCGACUUUGGAACAAUGAAAACAUGAAUAAUGUAUCACUUCGGUUUGUUUCUAAUGAUUCUAAUAGUAGGACAUUUCCACUCAACAUCAAAGUUUCUUCCUCAGAUCUUCCUAACAAUGCUGCAAAAAUCAGUACCAAAGUGCUAGUAGCAGGAAUCAUUUCAGGGUUUUGCGGUCUUGUGUUUCUUUGCAGCAUUGGCAGUAUAUUCUACAGAAGGGUGAAAAGACAAGGAAGCAGAGAAGAGAACCGAAAAAAUUUUGAACUUGAGUUUCAAGACAAUGGAAGAAAUGUUAGAUAUUUGGUAGAUCCAGGGAUAUUAAGUGCAGAAGAAAGAAAAGGAAUCGAUGUACCUUUCAUUGAAUUCAAAGCCAUAUUAUCUGCCACGGACUAUUUUUCACCAGCAAAUAAACUUGGACAAGGAGGAUUCGGCCCUGUUUACAAGGGAAUUCUCCCUGGAUUAGGUGAAGUGGCGGUGAAAAGAUUUGCAAGCCAAUCUGGACAAGGGCUCAAGGAAUUCAAAAAUGAAGUUUUGUUAAUUGGAAAACUUCAACAUCGUAAUCUUGUUAGGCUAUUAGGUUACAGCAUGAAGGAUCAUGAAAUGAUACUACUCUAUGAAUACAUGCAAAAUAAAAGCUUGGACCGUUUCAUCUUUGUUAAGACCCUUUCUAUGUGUCUUGAUUGGGAUUUACGGUUUGAUAUCAUCAUGGGGAUUGCUCGAGGACCUUUGUAUCUUCACCAAGAUUCACGAUUGAGGAUUAUUCAUAGAGAUUUGAAAGCAAGUAAUGUGUUAUUAGAUGAAGAUAUGAAUCCCAAGAUUUCAGACUUUGGUUUGGCAAAGAUAGUUAAAGGCCGAGAGACUGAAGAUAAUACCACCAGAGUUGUUGGAACCUACGGCUAUAUGUCUCCCGAAUACGCGCUGGACGGAUUGUUUUCGAUAAAAUCCGAUGUUUUUAGUUUUGGAGUAGUUAUAUUGGAGAUUAUUAGUGGGAAAAGAAACACGGGUUAUUAUCAUAAUCAACAAGCCUUUAGCCUUAUAUCCUAUGCGUGGGAAUUGUGGAAAGCGAAAAGGGCAUUGGAAUUAGUGGAUUUGGCAUUAGCGGAAUCAUGCAAUUCCAUUGAAGUGUUGAGAUGUAUGAUUGUUGGGCUAUUGUGCAUACAAGAAGACCCUCGAGAUCGGCCAACAAUGGUGAAUGUAGUUUUAAUGUUGGGGAUGGAUAUUGAGAGCCUCCCGGAACCUAAAGAACCGGCUUUUGUGUCGAAAAGAAGUAUUGAAAGGCUGCCAUCGUCUUAGAGUAAAUCGGAGAUUAAUCAAAUGACUAUUACUCAAGAAGAAGGACGAUAGAAAAGUGGAAUGUUGUUCAUUUUUUGUUUUAUAUGAUAAAAAAUAAACUGAAUUCAAAUUCAAACUACAAAAAAUCUAAUGUAACUUUCAGAAAAUUAUA